AUGAUGACCAAGCACCAGAAUGUAGUGCAGUUUGUUGGUUACUGUGCUGUAUCAAGUGCCGAGGCGGUGGAAUACCCGCAAGGAGGAAGCAAUUAUAUUUUGGCCGAAAGACCAGAAAGAUUGCUUUGCUUUGAGCAUGUAUGUAAUAGAAGCCUUGACAAGUAUAUCUCCGAUGAAUCUUCGGGCCUUGAGUGGAAAAUGAGAUAUAAAAUAAUCAGGGGCAUCUGUGCUGGUUUGCAUUACCUUCAUGAGGAAUGCCAUCUUGUUCAUCUAGACCUGAAGCCUCAAGAUAUAUUGAUGGAUGCUAUUAUGAUGCCAAAGAUUGCGGCCUUUGGUUUGUCAAGGAUAUUUGGUGUUGAGCAAACCCGAACCAUCACUCAAAAUCGUCAGGGAACGAUGUAA